GAGAGCUCAGUUUCAAACGAGUGGUUUCAGGAGAAACAACAUCGCGUGCUUCCGUCGGAAUUAUGUGUGAAGUGAUUUUAUUUUCUGACUUGGCUUGAAUUAUUUGCAAUUAAUUUCCGAGGAAUUUCUCGUGAGAAAUGCAUAAACCUAAUGAUGCUUCAUUGAAAAUGCUAUGCAUGUUUUGCAUAUCUUGAUUAGUUUAAAGCGUGAUAUCAUAUGUUAAGACUGCUUUUGUGAUUCAAUAUGAUUGAUGUGAGUGUAUAUGGAAGUCAUGCAAUGCACGCUAGUGGUUUUCAAAGUGGAAAUUCAGGAUCAGACGGAUUCUCCUAUAUACCAACAAAUAAUCAUUACUACCAGAGACACUCAACAAAUGUGGACUGCAGCAAUACUGGAAUAGAUUCGUCAUCCUUUUCGGCGCAAGCAAUUGGAAAUCCUGCGAGUGCAUGUACUAACUCGCCUAACCCAGUUCAACAGCAACAUUUUGCUCAUAGUCAUCUGUAUAGCCCAUCUGCAAUCGAGUAUGGAAUUACGACAUCUAAUUCCCCGUCGGAUCUUUAUUUCGAUAGUGAAACACAGAGUAUGUUCUACAACAAUAGUCAACAUACCAAUAGUCCAUUUGCACAAUCCAGAAUAAUAAGUGCAGACAAUGGAUUGAGUUACACAAAUCUUGAUUAUAUGUACAGCCAUCAAGAGAGCGGAGAUACUGUAAUCAGUCAAGAAAGUAAGAUACACUUACAUCGUUAUGAAAAUACAAGUGAACAUUCACUUAGUCACCAUUCGCUACCAAAUACAUCAUGGUAUUCAGAAGGAAGUUCACACCAUGCACAAUCGAGUUGUGUACCAGGAUUUUCAACAAAUAUACCACAUGGACUGAACAUUGUGCGACAAGACACGGAUAACAAAAUCAACACAGGAAGCAUAGGCUUGGCCAACAAUAGUGAUAGUGAUCAAGCAAUUCAUCAACUAAGACAUGAGCAUAUACAACAAAGUUCAACUAAUGCUCCAACAUACAAGUGGAUGCAAGUUAAACGCAACGUGCCAAAACCGCAAUUACCAAAAAGCACCCCUCAGACACCAGCAGAAUUCCACAUCAGUCAUCAUUCAGUGGAUCCAUUAAGAGGAUUAGCAGAUCAUAAUUUAGCAUCCUCAUCGAGUUCACAUCAAACCAGUUUUCUGAUGACAAACGUUAGUACCGGACGAACAAAUUUCACUAACAAACAGCUGACGGAGCUAGAGAAAGAGUUUCAUUUCAACAAAUACUUAACACGAGCCAGAAGGAUUGAAAUAGCCAAUACUUUGCAACUGAAUGAAACCCAGGUCAAAAUAUGGUUCCAAAAUCGCCGCAUGAAACAAAAAAAACGGAUUAAAGAAGGAUUAGUACCACAUGAUAGUCAAUGUCCAUCUCCGAAGAUCAUUAAUAGCCCUUCAGAUACUACUCCUAUGAAAAAUGCCACAAUUACAGAAAGUAAUGAUAACAGCCGAGAGUCUACUUCAUUAUAAUUUUGUAAUUUGAAAUUGCUAAAUAAUAUUAACUUAUUGUUUUUGUUACAAAUUGUUCAAAAGAGCAAAAAAUACACAAUCAAAGAUAUUAUGCAUUGAAGAUAAAACCAACCCACACACAUUCAAAGAAAAAAGUAUUGAAUAGACAUAUAAUAUAUUUUUUAAAUCAAUUAAUUUAAAAUUGUCCAUGCUAAAUUAUUUAGUUGAAAAAAAAAAAACACAACAAUUAACUCUAAAGUGUUGAAAUUGUGUAUUUAAUGCAUUAAUAAUAAUUUACCACAUUUUAAGAAUUUUGAAAUUUUUAAAUGGCAUUCAACAUGUGUAGCGGACAUUUUUCGUUCAUUAAUUUCUAUUUCAUAAUUGCUUAGCAAGUGGUUUGAAUAUGCGAUCAGUUAUGUCGAAUUAAAUCAAUAAAAUGGCAAAUUAACAUUGCUUGAGAUGUGGCUUGUCAAUCAGUCCAGCUCACUAGUAUAAUAAAGUUUUGAUAGUGAAAAGUCUUGAUCAAAUCACGGUAAUGUUAUAAUCCCAAAAGUAUACUGGUGUUUAAAUUCAAUGCAUAAAAACGAUUAUUAGAUAAAAAUAAUAUUAAUUAACAUCGAAUGUUCCUCUAGUGUAAAUUAGGUAAGAUUCAUAUUCAUAUAAAUUAUAAAAAAAAACUACAGCAAUCGAAAGCGUGUAUUAUACAAAAUAAAAUUUGACUAGAAAAUGAA